GAGACCGUGCAGAGUGAAAAGAAGCAGAUAACGUAUGUCAAACUGUACGCCCCGUGGGACGUUUGCGUCUUCUACGCUGAAGAUCUUUGCAUGAGAGCUCCUUUGCAGGCACAUCCAAAUCCGAGGAGUAAUUGGUCAGACAAGAUACUGGGAGCUGUUCACAUACCAAAUAUUCUACAUGAAGACCUCCCACAUCAACCAUUGGACUAUUAUACUUGUGCUUUCAAAAAGUCCAAGCUUGAUAGGUUUCUGGGUAGCAGUAAUCACGAGACAUAUUUCUCGACUACACAAAGAAGUCGUAUUGUAUGGGAGAUAUUGACUACAGCCGCGUACGGCAAGAGGAAGAGGGCGGAGAUUGGUAUAGAAAGAUUGAUAGAGGAGGGCGUAUAUAGUGCCGCCUUUCCAUUACACGAUGGACCAUAUGAAAUCCCAAAGUACAGCAACCUUGACCCGGAAGCUUACAAUCCUCGCCAGGUUUUGUAUCAUUAUUGGGCACGAUGGUGGAAGUGGAAUAAAUACCAGCCCCUAGAUCACAUCAGAGAAUAUUUCGGGGAAAAAAUUGGCAUAUAUUUUGCAUGGCUAGGUUUCUAUACAGCAUGGCUCCUCCCCGCUGCAUUUGUUGGAGUGGUUGUUUUCCUGUACGGUGUAUUCACCAUGUCCAAUAACACACCAGCGAACGAGGUGUGUGACAGUUAUCAGACAUACAAGAUGUGUCCGUUAUGUGACGUGAACAUAGGCUGUCCAUACUGGUACCUAUCAGAUGUUUGUAUAUAUACAAGAGUGGCCUACCUGUUUGAUCACCCAGCUACAGUGUUUUACUCUAUAUUUGUCUCUUUUUGGGCUGUGACUUUUCUGGAGUACUGGAAGAGAAAGAAUGCUAGUUUAGCUCACCAUUGGGAUGUCUCGGAUUAUGAAGAAGAGGAGGAAAGACCAAGACCAGAAUAUGCAGCAAAAGCCCCAACAUACGAGGAAAAUCCCAUCACUCGCGUUAAAGAGCCGUACUUCCCUCCGCGUAAACGAUUACCCAGAAUUCUCUCUGGUAUUGCAGUAAUUAUAGUUAUGAUGACAUUGGUCAUUAUAUUUAUCAUAGCUGUAAUAAUGUACCGUGUACUGGUGAGCAUUCCGUUGUUCCAAAACCCGACAACUCGUCCGCGUGCCCAAAUUAUUGCCAGCAUGUCGUCGGCCAUUGUUAACUUGAUUCUGAUUAUGGCCCUGGGAAGAGUUUAUGAAAAAUUGGCAUUGAGGAUGACACAGUGGGAAAUGCAUAGAACACAGACUGAAUUUGAAGACCAGCUGACAUUUAAAGUUUUUAUUUUCCAAUUUGUGAAUUUCUACUCAUCUAUAAUUUACAUUGCAUUUUUCAAAGGGAGAUUUACAGGUUAUCCUGGACAUUAUACAAAGUUUUUUGGACUUCGUAGUGAAGAG